AUGUUUAAAAUGCUUGCCAGAGCGUAUCCUUCUUCUAUUGACCGAAUACACUAUCCUGCUAUAUUAGGGCAGGGCUGUUUGUCAGAGUUGCGAUACUUGAACGUGAGUUGCAGCACUAUAUUUCUGAGGUUUAUUGGUGGCCACGGAACAACCUUGUACUUUAAGCUCAACGACACCAGUGUCAAGCGUCACGAUAUUGCUGAAACGUCGAAAGUGCCGCGGCCCUACUUUAUCUUAGAGUCAUUCGAGCCUUCACUAGAGACCCUUUUUAAAUCGAACCGCAGUAAAUCGCUCUCCGUACACGUCUCGGUAUUUGUCACGAUAGGAUGCAUAAAGGCUUUGAGGCUGUUGCACAUGAAGGGCUUUGCUCACCGAAAUGUACAGCCGGCAUACUUUUCAAUCCGUUUUCCGUGUGGUGGACUACUCAGCAGGAAAGAAAGCGAACUAUGUGACCUCGUAGCAGUCACGGAGCUUUGGUGCUGCAAGAAGUAUCGCUCAAACAUUCCCCGUACACGUGCAUGCCUCACUUAUGUGGGAAACUGGAAAUAUGGAAGCCCCGAGACCCUUAGUGGGAAAGAACCAACAGCAAUUGACGACAUAGUUUCAUGUCUGUACAUAAUGACAGAAUUUGCCUUAGGACAGAUACCAUGGCAUAAGGAGACAGAUAAACAGGCCAUUAUCAAUAAUAAAAGGCAAGUGGAGUGCUGGGCACGCGUUGAGGACGAAAAAGGGAACGCCCUUCUUAAUCACUAUUCCAAAAUCUUCGAAUGGCUUAGGCAACAACCGCUCGUACAAACCAUUAAUUAUGAAGCCCUCUAUGAGGAAAUACUAAGAAUGCCAGAGUCUGGAGCAACUAACCCAGGAGAACAAUCAUUGUUUGGAUUUUCUAACCCACUUCUUGAUGCGUAUGAUCACGGAUUUACCGAGAAAAAAUCAAAAGAUAAAAGAAGUAAGUUGAAGGAUAGAGAAGGAUCGACGAGAAAGAAACCGAAGGGAGCCCCUACGUCGUCAAUGCAAACAGGCACAGACAAGAAAAAUAAGGCGUCUCCACAAGAGAAAGCAACUAAUACGAAAAGAUCAGAGAAGCUCUCGCUCAAUAAGCAACCCAGUCAAGGGAGCGGAGAGUAA